GUAUAGUAGUAGGCCCAUAGCCCAAAGACCCACUUCCCACAUUUGAAGGUAUCAAGAUAAGGUCCAUUCAGAUAAAAUUUCGUUCGCCGGCGGUCGGAAAUAACCACAUUUCUCUUCACCGUCGUCGAUAUGCAAACUCCGACAAGAAUUUUCGACGCACUGAACAACUUCGCCGGAAUCUCUCACAUCCGUCAAUCUCCAGUCUUCAAUUCCGACUCCCUCCACCUCCAUCAUCAUCAUCAUCAUCAUUCAAUUCCAAAUUCUCUCUCUUGCUUUUCUCACCGGAAUCUCUCUCUUAGGGUUUCCUGCAACUUCCGCGAAGUAAACCCUAACCUUAACCCUAGGAGAGAGAAAUGCGGUAAAAGUAGAGGAGAGAGAUUGAAGGCCAAGGGAAAGGACAAUGUUUGGAGCAUCGAUAAUGAGGUGGCAGAAGAGGCGGAAUUAAAGAAAAGAGGAAUUCAGAGGAGAAGGAGGGGGAAAGGAAAGAGUGGUAAGAGAGUGAAGAAGGUUGUCAAAGCUGAUAAUGUUUUGGUUUCUGGUUCUAUGUUAAUGGAGCUCGAAACUGUUUUGCAAACUCAGGAGCCUGUAAUUCGACCAGCAUGGAACACAUUUGUGAGUAGUGUAAGUGGGAUUUGGAAGGGAGUUGGUGCCAUAUUUUCACCAAUUACUGCUGAAAUGGAGCCGGUUGACUUGGGAGGUAAGAGCGAGUACUUGUAUGAUUGCUAUAUUCUUUCUCGCUUGCAAGCUGCACAACCUGGAGGUAAUGCAUCUCAAAUCCAGAGGAAAAUCAAUUGGGUUACUCUAAAUCCUUACGGUGAGAAAGCACUAGAAAAUGGAGGCAAUGAUAGUGGCAAAGGUGAGGGGAAACAUGAUAGUUUGUCUUCAGGCAUGAAAGAAAAAGGUCACAGGAGCAAGGCAGGUCACAUUAUGCCGAAAUUUGAGUCUUUUGAUUUUGGAAAGAGUGAUUUGAUGGAAGAGGAUUUGAUGGGUGUGGAGCCUGGUCUUGUUUUCUUUGAGGAUGGAUCUUAUUCCAGAGGGCCAGUUGACAUUCCAGUUGGUGAAGUUGAGGAGUCUGAGUACUAUCUUUCUCCAACAUAUAAGUUUGAACAAUGUUUAGUCAAGGGCUGCCACAAGAGAUUGCGUAUUGUGCAUACUAUUGAAUUUAGCAAUGGUGGAGCGGACAUUCAGAUACUAAGGGUUGCUGUAUAUGAAGAACAAUGGGUCAGUCCUGUUAACAUCGACGAGCAAAGUGAGGUUGAGCUUGAUAUGAAGCCAUUUUCUCAGAGAAAGAGAACUCGGCCAUCGGAGCUUACAGGAUCAUGGAAGGUGUUUGAGAUGAGCGCUACACCAAUCUUUGGUGAUGAGACAGCCGCAGAGAAAAGCAAUGGCCCUCCUUACGUUUACCUUUGCAUGGAGACCAUGAAAAAGAGAAACUUGCCUGAAAACCCUGCUUGGUUCGGGGAAGAAGAGAUGAUAGACAUGCAGGACGUGGCGGUUCUUUGGCUCCCAGGUGGUGUUACUGCUUAUGUUGAUGUCAAUAAGGAUGGAAUCCUUUGCAUUGGAGUCGGAUGGUAUUCUGAUGAAGGGAUUAAUCUUGUAAUGGAGAGAGAUUAUGAAACGGAUGGAAAACUGCGAGAGGUUCGGUCGAAAACGGAGGUGAAGAGGAGAUGGUCAGAUCCUCUCCUUGCGUAAAGUUUCUUAUAUGAAUUUUGUACAUUGUUUAGUUCUAGUGUAAAUUAAAAUUGAGCAGAAUAAUUCCAUCCCCCCCUUUUUUUUUGAAUAGUAGUGGAUGAUGGAGUGGUCUUUAUAUGUUCCAAGUGCAUACUUCUAUAUGAGAUGGUCUGAGCUUGACAAUCUGACAAUAUCUUAUUCACUCUUUUCUUUUUAA